AUGUUGGGUAGUGAGCAACCUUUGGAUUUGUAUAAACUGUUCAUGGUCGUGAAGGAUAAAGGUGGUUAUGAUGUUGUUUGUAAGAACAGGCUGUGGGAUUUGGUUGGGGAAGAGUAUGGGUUGGGUGUGAAUGUUGGUUCUUCUGUUGAACUUGUUUACAGUAAGUAUUUGAGUACGUUAGAGACGCCAUUGAAGAAUGUAGUUGAUGGUGAGUUUCCGAAGUGUGAUUUAGUGGAUGAUAGAGUUAAGUUUGGUGAGCGGUUGAUGGAGUUGCAAGCUGAGUUUUUGCUGGAUGAUUACGGUGAGGAAGAUGCGGGGGAUGAACUCAAGAGUGUGCAUGAAUGUAGGAGGAAGUUUUGCGGUACUAAUAGGGUGAAGGGCGUGAACCUAGAGUUGAAUGCGGCUGAACUCGAAAGGGUUUAUGAUUACAUAGAUGGGAGGAAGUUAUGUGAUGCUAAUAGAGUGAAGGAUGGCAAUCAUGAGUCUAAUGCGGUUAAGAAUGUUAAGGGCGGAGGAGUUGUUGAUGUUUGUAUGCAGGAAAGUAGGACGAAUGAGAUUAGUCUAGGAAAGUUGGGCAAACAAAAUGAUGCUGCUGAAAUAAUGGAAGAGUUUGAUGUGGGUAAAAUAAAAGCAGUGGAUGUAUCCGACACAGUUAACGACAUGCCUGGAUUGUCAGAUGGAAGCAAGAGGUGUGAUAAUGAUGAUGAUGAUUUCUUAAUAUUGUAUAUGUCUAGUGUUAAUAGAGAGAGCUUUGGUAGGAAGAGGAAGAGAGAGUCGAUGUCAGAAAUGCUGAGUUGGGUUACUAGCACUGCAAAGAAUAUUUGUGAUCCUGUUGUAGGUUCAAUGCCUGAAAAGUCAAAGUGGAAGUCUUACGGUAAUGAAGAGAACUGGAAGAAGGUUUUGUUGUUUCGAGAAGCUGCCUUCUUGAAAAAGGAAUUUGGAUCAAACUGUGAAAAACUCAGUUGGCUGGCUCAGAAGAUGCAUCCUUGCAUGUAUGAUGAUAACCUUGGGGUAAAUUACAAUCUUAGACAGAGGAUCAAAUCUAACAAUGGAGUUUUAGUUGGCAAAUCUGCAUCUAUCUUUUCAAGGUUGCGAAGAAUCUCAAGUGAUACUGAAAGCAGUACCCAAAAAAAGUUAUGUGACUCCUGUGCUUCUGAAUCAGUUCUUGAUACACCUCCCACAGUGAACAUUCCUCUUGGGCCAAACCAUCAAGCUGAGGUGCCUGAAUGGACUGGGACGAUUCAUGAGAGUGAUUCUAAGUGGCUAGGAAAUCAAAUAUGGCCACUAAAAACAGUAAAAUCCAGACUUUUGGACAGGGAAUCUGUUGGAAAUGGAAGACGCAAUUCUUGUAAAUGCCGAGUACAAGGUUCUGUUGAGUGCGUUCGAUUUCACAUUGCUGAGAAAAGGGCUAAACUCAAGUUGGAAUUAGGCGUGGCCUUUUAUCAGUGGAAUUUAGAUAAGAUAGGUGAAGAAGUUAGGCGAUGGUGGACACCACAAGAAGAGAAGAAGUUCAAAGAUGUAGUGAAAUCGAAUCCUGCUUCGCUCGAUAGACGUUUCUGGGAUGAUAUUUUCAAAGCAUUUCCUAAGAAGAGCAGGGAAAGUUUAGUCAACUACUACUUCAAUGUCUUUCUUUUGCAGCGCAGAGCAUACCAGAAUAGGCAUACUCCUGAUAACAUUGACAGCGAUGAUGAUGAAUCAGAGUUUACACCAUUGAAGGGUGUUUUUGGACAUCAGACUAUUAAACCACCCAGCAUCACCUUAUUAUCCCCUAAGAAGCCACAAACAAAGCCACAGUCAAAGGGAAGAUAG